UCUAAUAAGCUGCGUCCUGUCGCAAAGCUCAAGCUAAACUGAAAUACGGCAGCAUGUCCACGUGAGCGCAUGCUGCUGUUUGGCGUUUGGGUUAGCGACAGUAACGUGGAGGCGGUGAAGUUACUGAAUUUGUGGAUUUUUCUGUCAGUGUGCUAACGAUGGAAAGCUUAUUGGUUUCCAAAAGUGAACAUGACGAUUCUGUAGAAGAAGCACAAGUAAAGAAAAGAAAAUUAUCAUUGGCGAACUGUGGAACAUGCGGCACAGAAGAAGCCAGAUAUCGGUGUCCUCGGUGUUUGAAACAUUCAUGCAGCCUUCCCUGUGUGAAGAGGCACAAAUCGGAGUCUGGAUGCAGCGGGGUCCGCGAUAAGACCGCUUUCGUGCCCCUCUCCAAGUUUGACGAAAUUAACCUCCUCAGCGAUUACAGAUUUCUGGAAGACGCCAGCCGCAUGGCCGACGGCACACACAGGGACCCCUUAAUCCUGCGGCCUCGCACCAACAAACGCGCGAAGACGCUGGUGCGGAAAGCGUACAAAUUUAACCUGCAGCUGAAACUGCUUCCUCCUGGUUUCUCCAGGAGAUGUGAAAACUCCACGUACUUCCACACAAAGGCGGAUCAGUUCUUCUGGCACCUGAAGCUCCUGUUCCCUCAGAGCACUGCAGAGUUCACCCAGCGCAGAGUCCCAGAUGACCGCACCCUCCAGCAGGUCCUUGACCCCUACAUCCACCCCACAGAGUCUGAGCCAAUCACACGACAGAGGUACGACCCCUACACCCACCCCACAGAGUCUGAGCCAAUCACACGACAGAGGUACAACCCCUACACCCACCCCACAGAGUCUAAGCCAAUCACACGACAGAGAUUGGCAGCGUACGUGCGCGCCCCUCCAGACCACGUCAAGGUGUUCAUGAGAGCGGCCAAGAGCAACUCCACCUGCACCAGGUAUCACGAGUUGGACCUGCAGAAGAGCCUGAGGGAGAACCUGCGGUUCAAGAUGGUGGUGGAGUACCCAGAGUUCCACAUCGCCCUGCAAGAUCACUGCCACAACUACACACUGCUCACACCAGAGUCCGGGGCUGCUCCCAGGGUUACCACGGCAACACGGCUGACCUGGCGUGGAGACAAGGGGGCGAGUGUGACAUCACGCUGCGACGGCGAUGAUGAUGAUGAGGAGGAGGAGAAGGAGGAGGAACUGGAGGAAGGAGAAAUCCGAGGAGAUGAAGAGGGAGUCUGAGUGGGGGAGAUGGAGAAGACACUUUAAAAUGUCAUUUCAGCAGAAGUUACAUUUUAAAGUUACGCAAAGUUUCUCAUCAGUAUUUUCUGCCAGUGGUUCUGCUGUAGUGCGGUACGAAACCCAGCAGUCGUCUAUGAUGCAGAAGCAGUCCAUCAACAAACUGAAUGUAGUCUUCAAUGUCUUUGUUUUUAUGUUCCCCUGCUGGCCAGAUUGAUCUUUUAGAUUCUGAAAUUGUGAAUAAAAUACAUCUUUACAUCGCC